AUGACCAAGCCCAAUCUAUUAGAGCUCCCAAUAGGGGCUCAGCUCGUCUAUCUGGCCGAGGGCGGUGCCAACGUGAUCUAUCGCAUCGUCUCGCCGAAGUCGGCUAUUGCGUCGAAGAAAGAGUUGCCGCUGGCGGUUAAUGGUUCUGGGCCUGGCGUGGUAGACUCCUGUAGCGGCCCACCCGAGUUUAGAGGCAAGUUGCUUCGAUUGCGCAAGGACACCCCGUCCGGGAUCCCUUACCAGGAGAUUUCUCGAAACUUCGACAAGAAUAUUCGCCCUCUCUUCAAGCCGGAGGAGCUGGUGGAUCAGGAGCUGGUAUGCCUCCCACGAGGACUGAUCCAGCAUUGCAAUGAUCAACUGCGUGUCGCCGAGAUGGACGGCAAGCGCCCCAAACGACGUCAAGGCGUAUACCUGGCCACGGCCGAGCCGUUCGGACUUCUGAUUACCGACAUGACCACCUUCAACGACACGGGAAUGGUUCUGGCCGAAUUGAAACCGAAGUGGCUUCUGCAGUCACCAUCGGCGCCGGCUACUGCCCGCAGAUGUCGCACGUGCGCAAUGCGUGAUAUGAAGAACCACGAGGCGUGGACGCGGGGCGGGAAACCCGAGCGAUCGUUUUGCCCGCUCGACUUGGUCUCGGACAAGUUCGAAAACGUCCUGCGGGCCACUCGGUCGGUCAAGGGCUGUAAAGACCCGAAGCAGCUGGCGAAAGUGCUGUAUUGGAACGGGACAAUGCAGAAGCUCCUCGCUCACCAAAGAGCACAUCGCGAUGUUGGGCUCCACGGCCCGGCGGCGCAGUCUCGGGACAAGUCACUCGCAAUGACCCUCCGAGACUGCACGAUGUUCAUCAAGAUGCCACGCGACGACGUGGGGACUGUUGAGAUCCGUCUUGGUGAUCUAGAUCUGAAGACUGGAGCCGGUGGCAAAGCGAAAUACUGGCUGGACGUGGAGAAACAGCUGAUCUCCGAGGGCUGGUACUUGGGGUCGAAAAGCUGUUCGCACGUGAGCGAUUGUGUAUUGCAAGGAUCUCGAGGUCAUUCGCAGCCGUCUAUCUAG